AGCACAGCAAUGAGCAACUUCAGGUUCACUGAGCUGAGUGGAUUCCACUCGCUGUGCCCUCGGAGUCCGCUGCUUGAAUCUCCCGCCCAGUCUCAAAACAUACAGCUGAGUAACAGCAAGCUGCCCGCCUUUGAAGAGUAGCACGCAGAGAGAGUCAAAGAAGACCUCAAAUUCUGGAGAAAAAUGACCUUUCAAGGAAUACAAAGUAUACUUCCUGCCGCAUGUUUUUUGUCUUACUAACUUCUGAUGACUGAAACAUAUGGUCCUGGGCCUGCAGAAAGUCCAUUGAUUAUCAAACUCCUCAUCAUGCAUCAACUGUUCAGACUGGUCUUAGGACAAAAAGAUCUUUCACGAGCUGGGGACCUCUUCUCCUUAGAUGACUCCGAGAUUGAAGACAGCCUGACAGAAGCUUUGGAGCAAAUUAAAAUAAUUAGCUCAUCUUCGGAUUACCAGACCAAUAACAAUGACCAAGCUGUGGUUGAAAUCUGUAUCACGCGAAUCACAACAGCCAUCAGAGAGACGGAGUCAAUUGAAAAACAUGCCAAGGCCCUUGUGGGGCUCUGGGAUUCCUGCCUGGAGCACAACCUGAGACCCUCUGGGAAAGAUGAAGACACUCCCCAUGCAAAAAUUGCUUCUGAUAUCAUGAGUUGCAUUUUACAGAAUUACAACCGACCCCCUGUGAUGGCAUUAGCCAUCCCCAUAGCAGUGAAAUUCCUCCACAGAAGCAACAAGGAACUGUGCAGGAAUAUGUCCAACUACCUGUCCCUGGCUGCGAUCACCAAGGCAGAUCUCCUGGCUGAUCACACAGACGUUAUAGUAAAGAGCAUACUCCAAGGCAACGCCAUGUUGUUGAGGGUGUUGCCCGCUGUGUAUGAAAAGCAGCCUCAGCCAAUCAACAGACACCUGACAGAACUCCUGGCCUUGAUGUCUCAGCUAGAACAACCAGAACAGUACCAUCUUCUCCGGCUUUUGCAUGUAGCUGUGAAGAGAAAGCAACCAGAGGUGGCUCAGAAGUGUAUUCCUUUCCUAAUCGGGCAUUUGAAAGACUCAACCCAUAAUGAUGUCAUCCUAAACAUCCUCACAGAGAUAGCAGGCUAUGAACCUGUGGCUUUGAACAGUUUUCUUCCAAUGCUGAAAGAGAUUGGUGAGAGAUUCCCCUACCUCAUCGGACAAAUGGCAAGAAUCUAUGGAGCUGUGGGGCAUGUGGAUGAAGAGAGAGCCAGGAGCUGCCUGCCAUUCCUGGUGAGUCAGUUGGCCAACAUGGAACAUUCAUUUCAUCAUAUUCUCCUGCUGGAGAUUAAGAGCAUCACUGACGCUUUCUCCUCCAUCCUGGGCCCUCAGAGCAGAGAUAUUUUCCGCAUGAGCAACAGCUUCACCACCAUUGCCAAGCUCCUUACCCAACAACUGGAAACUGCCAAGGCCAGAAGCAGCAGGAAAAAACCAAGCACUGAGUUUGAAAUCCCUGAGAAGCUGGAAGAAAUUAAGCUCACAUUGACUGAAAAUGAAGACCAUGAAAAGCUACAAGUUAAAAUACAGGCUUUUGAAGACAAAAUAAAUGCUGAGAGCAAUACUCCUAGCUCUAUCAGAAGAUAUAGUUUGGGCCAAUUUUCUAAGGAAGAAAGAAAAGACAUUAGAUUUAGCAGGUCAAAGAGUUUGGCUUUGCACACUGUGCUAACAAAGAGCAUGAGUUCAGAUGAUGGGGAAGUUGUAGAGAGUGAAGAUAUGCCAGCCAGCACCUUUCUUUCAGAAACAGACCCACUUAGCCAAGGAAAUGACAAGUUGCCCUUUAAGGCAAACUUUGACAGAUCACAGCUGGGAAGUUCUUCAGUUUCACACCCAAGUAUUAUACAUACAGAAUCAGAGUAUUUGCCAGAAACAGUUAAAGCAAACUGCCAGGAAGAAACUCCAGAAACUACUGCAAGUCCUGUAGAAUACCAAGAUAAGCUCUACUUGCACUUAAAAGAAAACUUCAGUAAAGUAAAAGCAUAUGCUGUGGAAAUCGGAAAGAAGAUUCCGGUCCCUGAUCAGUGUACCAUUGAAGAUUCUGUUAGAAGUUGCGUAGCAAAGUUGUUCUUUACCUGCUCCCUGAAGGGUCAUUACUGCCUCUACAGUAAAUCCAGUUUUAUUCUCAUCAGCCAAGAACCUCAGCCGUGGAUCCAGAUCAUGUUCCUCUUUCAGCAGAGCCUGUUUCCUGAGCCCCUAUCCAUACAAAGUCAUUCUGUGCAAUUUCUCAGAGCUCUGUGGGAUAAGACCCAGGCAGAGGGUGCUCACAGCUUUGAAACAGCCAUGAUGGAGUCCACAUUUCCACAGCAGAAGGAUCUGGACCAGGUACAGCUCCAUCUGGAAGAAGUGAGAUUCUUUGAUGUAUUUGGCUUCAGCGAAGCAGCAGGAGCGUGGCAAUGCUUCAUGUGCAACAAUCCUGAGAAAGCGACCGUUGUAAAUCAAGAUGGCCAGCCUCUCAUAGAAGGAAAACUUAAAGAGAAGCAAGUCAGAUGGAAGUUCAUCAAAAGGUGGAAAACUCGUUAUUUUACACUGGCUGGAAAUCAACUUCUGUUUCAAAAAGGAAAGUCUAAAGAUGAUCCUGAUGACUCUCCAAUAGAACUCAGCAAAGUACAGAGUGUGAAAGUUGUGGCCAGAAAACGCAGGGACCGCUCCCUCCCUCGAGCUUUUGAAAUCUUCACAGACAAUAAAACCUAUGUUUUCAAGGCCAAGGAUGAGAAGAAUGCAGAAGAGUGGCUCCAGUGUAUCAAUGUGGCAGUUGCCCAAGCAAAAGAGAGGGAAAGUAGAGAAGUAACCACAUAUCUGUAGGGAUUUGCAAGCCGACCUCACACUGACUGUAUACAAUGGGCAUUGCAUUAUCAUUGCCAAUGUCAAGAAAAAGAGAUAAAUUCACCAAGUCACGUUGUGUUUUUCUAAGUACCAGUGGAACUGUUUUCCCUAAGAAGCAGGACCUAAAAGUGGCACGAUUUUUAUGCAUUUCAUAUUCUAAUGGCACCUCGUUAACUCCAGAACAUCUGUGUGAUUCAUACAGGAAAAGGAGCUACAGAAGGUAUGGGGCAGAAAGGGGAGAGUGAAGGAUCUAGGAACCUCUGUAGAUAUGCCAUUGUAUGUUGUAAGAACACAACUUUACAAGAUACCUGAAAUACCUAUCCUGAGUUAAGAUUAAGCACUUCUGAUGAAAACCACAGUCUGCCAAAAGUAUUAGAAGAAAAAAAAAAAGCCCUAUUGGGAAAAGUCAAAAUUAUUGACCCUGAGGGAAAACAUAUAACUGACUUACAUAGACAUACAACUGUCUUUUUUCUCUCUAAUGCAAAUGAGGCGAACACAUGGUAAAAUGGUUCUCAAGUGAAGACAGUUAUAUAAUUAAAUGUCUGUCUUUCAGAACAACUUCUCUGAUUAUUCCAUUUAGGUUCAUAUAAUAUGAUCUAAAGUGUAGGUUCUUGACUAUAUCUCCUGCCCAAGGCAGUAAGUGUAAGCUAGGAUAAACAUAGAAACCAUUUUCACCAUCUUCAAAAUAUGGGCCAUUUCCAUUAAACUUUGAGAUGUUAAAGUUCUAUACCUUUCUUCUUUAUAUUCAAUCUUUUAAUAUCUCAAAAUUACAUUUAAUGGAUUUUCCCAUAACUCAUAUUUUUUAAAAAAAUUAAGCGGUGGCAGGCAGAAUUACAGAAUGAUUCCCAAUGGCCUACACCCGGACCCUCCCCUUGAGUGUGGUGGGACUUAUAAUUUGCUUCUAACUAAUAGAAUAAGGCAGAAAGAAUAGGAUAGUCUCUUCCAUGAUUAUGUUACAUUACAUGGCAAAAGUGAAGAGAUUUCUGGUUCUUAAUCAGGUGACUUUGAGCAAGUCAAAAGGGGGAUAUGACCCUGGGUGGGCCUGACCUCAUCAGAUAAGCCCUUUAAAAAAGAGUGAACAAGUCAGAGACUCUCUCUUCCAUUGGCCUUGAAUAAGUAAGCUGCCACGAGUUCUAUAGCUUCAAGGGAAUGAAUUUUGCCAACAACCAGCGAGCUUGGAAGAGGAUCCCAGCCCCAGCCAACACCUUGAUUGCACCUUUGCGAAACCCUGGGCAGAGGACCCAGCUAAGCUGUGCUUGGACGUCUGACCUAGGGGAACUUUGAGAUAAUAAAUACAUGCUGUUUAAAGCUGCCACAUGUGUGAAAGUUUGUUCCGUAGCAAUAGAUAAUACAAACACUAACUUGGUAUACAUAUAAAGGGUCAUUUUUUCUUUAAAAUUUAUUGAC